AAGGAACCGUGCCCCGGGCACUCUGCAAUCUGCCUUGCGCCUCUUUCUCCGUGCCCCGGGCAUGGAGACUGCCCCUCAAUGAGGUCACUGCUCUUCUAUUGUGUGGAUCCGCGGUCGUGUCGAGUUGGUGAUCUUGCGCUUCACUCGUGGCCUUCUUGCGAUGUUCAUCCUUGCUGAGGAAGAGCAGAUUCACAGUUCGCUUUACCAGGACGUUAUGGACGAAGUUGACGCUGUGAUGGCGCCGCAAACGUUGAAGAAGAAGCAGGGUGUCGUUGGUCCUUCGAAGGAGGUGGAAAUUGAGAAAACGGAGAUGGAGAAGGUUGAAAAGAAAGAAGCUCCUACUCCAACCACCACCACCGAGUCAUCCAAACCACAACCGCCUCCCAAAGCACUUAUCCCGAUUGAUCUCAAAGAGGAAAAUACCGAAAAGAACAAAAGGCAGAACAAUGAAUCUCAGAAGCCCGACCCCGACCCCGACCUCAAACCUCCUACUAUCUCUUUCCUCCAAGAUGAGAACGCUGCGCUGCGCACCAGAAUCACCCAGCUCCAGUCCGAUCUCCAGGAAGCCCAAGACUUUGUCUUCAGUCUACAACCCCGACACCAAACGCUCACCGAACCAGAGGCUGUCGAGGAAUUCACAGCGCUCUGCGCCGCCGUCGAAGACUGGGUCGACCAGAACCUAGGCGACUCCAUCGACGAAAUGGUGGUCAGCAAAGAACGGCUCCGCCUCAAAGACACCCAGAACCUCAUGGACUUGAUCCCGCCCGCGGGGAAGGCAGCCUUUGAUAUUGCAAACACGGACAUGGAUAAUAUCCAAGCUGCCAUUCUACGGUUUCUCAACGACGUCAUAUUCUCGCAGGACUUUUACUGUCCUCUGCCCCCGUCAGAGAGACAGUUUGUUAUGACUGUUGAGCGUAGUAUGAGGGAUUUGCAGCCGCGACGAGACACCCGUGCCUGCCGCCACUGGCGCAUAGAAACAUACACCGCAGCAGCCGAACGCCCCGGCUUCUCCGCAUACGCCGAAGACCGCAUGUGGGAAAUAAGCUGCGAGAUGGCAAAGAUGCUCCGCGUACUAGCCACAGACACAGACGAACAUCUUGCAAAGAGUUUUUUCGAGACCGUCAUCAAGCCAGCGUGUAAACUCGCCCGCAAGAUGCACCUGUGCUUCGACGAGUAUACACUCGAGUGGUCGACGUACCACGAUAAGCAGCUCCUGGAUCCAGUAGCGAUCUUUGAGAAAGAGGCUGGUGUGAAGGAGAAAUUUGCGAGUUAUGAGUUUGUGGAUCUGAAUACGAGGAAGACCUUGAGGGAGAGGCCGCGAGUCGAGGAUGGCGAGCCGUUGAAGGUGCAGUGGGUGUUUGAUUUGAAGCCGAGACUGGUGUUUCGCAAGUUGAGGGCGGAUUCGUGGGCGGAGGGGAAGACUUUGACCAGGCCGGCAGUUCUGGUUUGUCUUGCUGAUCAGAAGAGGAGGAAGAACAUGGCGGCGCCGGCAAAGAAAGGGGAGAAAGAACCUAUUAAUGUCUUGGGGGCUCUGGCGGGCUGGCUAAAUCGGGAAAAGGCGAGUAGGAAGCCGGCAGCAGGGUUCUUUUCUGGGAUAUUUUAGAGAAUGGGUGACCUUCCAAGUUGUAAUAUGAAAGCGGCUAUCUCAUUACGGUGUGUUAUGCUAUGCUAUAGGUAGAUUGUCUGUAUGGAAUUUGCAAUCUGGCUUGUGCAUCGAGUUCCCUACUCUCCUGAUCUCAUUGUAGUCGUUUAAGCAAACCCAGCAGAAUUCGUGACGGCAUUUGAUACAGGUCAUAUGGUCACAUCCCUCGUUCUUCUCGAUUGGCCAUUGACAACCCGGACAACGCUUUGCGAUCU